CCAGCUUUUCGAUCAUCGACUCUGGCUGCAACUUUCAGAGCUUGUGUGUGUGUGUUUGUGUUUCCUCUGUCGUCGCAAAAAUCUGAAAACAACACGAUGGCAAAUGAAGCCAAGCCGUGCCCCUGUGAUAUUGGUGAUCGUAUGGAGUAUGGAGGUCUCGGCCAGGAGGUCCAGAUAGAGCACACCAAAGCUUACGUGGUAAAACCAUCCGCUGCAUCUGACAAGGCCAUCAUUGUCAUACAGGACAUAUAUGGGUGGCAGCUUCCCAACACAAGAUACAUGGCUGAUAUGCUGGCUGCCAAUGGAUACAUCGCUGUUUGUGCAGACUUCUAUGUCGGAAAGGAGUCGUGGACUCCAUCACACGACUGGUCUAUAUUUCAGGAGUGGCUUCAAGACAGAGACCCAACGAAAAUAAACAAAGAAGUGGAUGCAGUUCUGAGAUUCCUGAAGGAGCAAUGUGGGGCCAAACGCAUUGGAGUAGUGGGAUUCUGCUGGGGAGGGAUCGCCACACAUUACAUCUCCUUGCAAUAUCCUGAUGUCAAAACAGGAGUGUCAGUCUAUGGGAUCGUCCGUGAAAAGGAGGACAGGUAUGCGUUGAAGUUUCCUACACUGUUCAUCUUUGCGGAGAAUGAUGAUUAUAUCCCACUGGACCAGGUUAAUUCCCUUGAAGCAAAACUGAAGGAAAAAUGCACGGUGGAUUACCAGGUGAAGGUCUUUCCUGGUCAGACUCAUGGGUUUGUCCACCGCAAGAGAGAGGACAUCAACCCCAAAGACAAACCCUACAUCCUGGAAGCCAGAACAGACAUGCUCAACUGGUUCAACAAGUACAUGUAAACGAGGUCAGAAAAAUCAAUAGUCAGGGUGCAAACCUGAAAAGGUCAGAUUUUCAACACAGAGCUGCUUUUUUGAGGUAUUUGAAAGUGGUGAUUGUUAGUCAUAAUUUCUGUAUGACUGGUGACAUUCCAGUUGUUUCAUAAAUCUUUUUUUUUUUUAAUUUUGGAACUCUGUACGUUUAUGUAUGGGGGGCUGUGAUUGUAAUGUUACUGAAAUGUAAAUUUAAAUUGUGAAGUCAAAACUAUUAAGCAUCUUUGCCUUGUACAAUAAAAUAUGGAUGAUGUUA